AUGGCACCACGAACAUCAAUGGCCUCGCGACCAGCAGGAAAAACCGUCACAGCAGGCAAAGGGCUAAAAACAAAAGCACCACGCCGAAGCUCUACAGGCGUCGGCGCAGUAAAACAAUCCCGUCGCUACAAACCCGGCACCGUCGCCCUCCGCGAGAUCAGAAGGUAUCAACGCACCAUCAUGGCCCUCCAAGAAGCCGCAGAAGCCUUUCUCGUCCACCUCUUCGAAGACACGAAUCUAUGCGCCAUCCACGCCAAACGAGUCACCAUCAUGCAAAAAGACAUUCAAUUGGCCAGGCGCAUCAGAGGUGCUUGGGGUGGUCUGGGCUAA